ACCUCUUAUAUUAAAAAACACUUCUAAUAGUUUUACAGCCAAACACUCAACUACUUUUAUUUAAAAGUACUUAUCUACAAGCUCCACCCAGAAGUUGUUUCUGUAAAAGCUAUAUUAGGGCCAAACUAAGCUAUUAAAAGAGAUCAUGAUUCAAAUUUCAGAAUUGAAUAAUUUUAUUCUUAUGAAUAAAUAAAAUAACUGUAACAUCAAAUCUAAUCUUUCUAUUUCCACUAUCUUACUCUUUAUAGAUGAUGAUGAUGUUUGUCAGUAUUUUCAAUUUAAAAAUCAAAUCACGCCUUAAUACCAAAUUCUAAGAAUAGGGCUUGGACAUGUUCAUUUCGGGCCUUGAUGGAGGUUGGGCCAAGUCCUUUGCAGUUUUGUCAUCUGUAGCGGGAUAUGUCUACCUCCAAAGUCCAAACAGGUCCAGCCCAACACCACGAUGAUUUCUUUAUUAUAUGUCACUAUUAGUUUCUCUUUAAACUUUCCGAAAAUGGGAGAGAAACGAAAAGAGAACGAAGGUUUGACAGCAAACCGGCAAAAUUCCGAUCAGCGGAACGUUUAAAGAGUGUCAGUUGCAGAGCUCUAUUGACCUCCUCCAACAGUCAAUUUCGCUUGCCGGAGAUGUUUGCCUCUGAAGAUAUAUAGGUAAUUCCAAUCGUUUCCGAUUCUCAGUUUCAAUUCUAGCUGAUGCUUAUGAUUCCCUCCUCCUUAAAUCUCGACCUAACUCUGUUCGCCCUAAUUCAUUCAGAUUUGGACAAUGAAGGUUGGGGUGGAGUUGUUCAGUUGUUGAAAGGGGCAAAGAGAGAGGAUUUUUUUUUUAUUUUGAAGUUUAUUGUGCGUUCAUAUUUCGCAUUCUGUGUUGUUAGGAGAAAGAAACAACGACAGAAUGGUGCUGGUUUUAGCUAUAGGGGACCUUCACAUACCCCAUAGGGCGGCCGAUCUGCCUCCAAAAUUCAAGUCCAUGCUUGUUCCUGGCAAGAUUCAGCAUAUAAUUUGCACUGGCAAUCUCUGUAUCAAAGAAGUGCAUGACUACUUGAAGAGUUUGUGCCCUGAUUUGCAUAUCACUAGAGGUGAAUAUGAUGAAGACUCUCGCUAUCCAGAGACUAAGACACUAACCAUUGGCCAAUUCAAGCUUGGAAUAUGCCAUGGCCAUCAGGUUAUUCCCUGGGGAGACUUGGAUUCACUGGCCAUGCUGCAAAGGCAGCUCGAUGUGGACAUCUUAGUGACUGGUCACACACAUCAAUUCAAAGCCUACAAACACGAAGGAGGUGUUGUCAUCAAUCCAGGCUCUGCCACUGGCGCUUACAGUAGCUUCACCUAUGAUGUGAAUCCAAGCUUUGUGCUGAUGGACAUCGAUGGUCUACGUGUCGUGGUGUACGUAUAUGAAUUGAUCGAUGGCGAGGUCAAGGUCGACAAGAUUGAUUUUAAGAAGACCGCCAAUCCUCGGUGAUUAAACAUGUUGAGAAUGUAGAUUGGAGCCCAUUGAACCAGAAGGAAGCGGGGCAUCUGGAUGAAUAAACAGGUAGCGUACUUUCAACGUUUGUUCUCUCACUGUUCCUGAGUUGCGAGACUUGAUUAGGGUUCAGCGGUGUGGUGUGUACCUUCGUAUAUCCAUUCUCUUUUGUCGUCUCGGUAUUUCGAGUGUUUGGCAGAGUAAAUGUACUCUGUUCUUUCUCUUACAAAACUUUAUUUCCAACUUCAUGAACUGAAUGGAUGUUCAACAGGAGUAGACCAGAGGUAUUAAGAACAGGUUGAACUGAAAUGGGGAUUUAAUCAACUUGAGUUUAAUGUAUUUCUAUUAGUUUCUUGUCCUCAUAUUUCCUCACAAUUUCAAUUUGCUGCUGUUUGUCAAUUUGGUGGAAUAUUAAGUCUUCUACUGGGGAUUGAGGCUUCUAAGUUCUAACAGAACUAACCUUCUUCCUUAAUACGAAACUCUAGCACGGUAUGUCUACCAGUUCAUCUGCUUGGUUGUGGUGUUGUUUAAUUAUGUUUUUGUACGAAAUCAUUUGUUAUAAUUAUGUUGCUAGCUGGGGCAACCAUCAAAGAAGAGUCUUUACCAAUUACAGAUGUUCUCUAAGUUUCAAACUCAAUUCGAUUAGCUUGCUUAUAACCAUAGGCGUAAGCACGUGCUUAUGUCGUUUGAUUGGAUGCCUAGCAAUUCGAUGUUAUCAGAUGCACACGAUGUCUUAUUUGAUUGGCGUGCUUACAACUCUUAGCCUAAGUACAUACUUAAGCCGUUAGAUCCGUUGUCUAACAAUCCACUGUCACCAAAUGACGAUCACGAUGUACAUAUGAUAACCGUGGUUUCAUGGAUGCUUCAUCUAACCGCGUAAACACAUGCUUGUACCUCCAUGGCCAAAUUCAGUCCCGGGCUCUGUCUCCUUUUGAUUGCAGUCCUGAUUUCUCAGGGCUCAACUAAGAUAGACCAAAUUGGAGGUAAUGGUACGAAAACAAAAUAUAUAUAAUUAAAGCAACAGGAUUGCUGCUGCGGCAAUCAAGCUUCUGCAAGUCCGUCUGGAGCUAUUCCUUUUCCCUCCUCCGUGGGAAACUUGGGGGCCAAGCAAACCCUCUUCAUCCCAAAGUUCCCAACAAAUCAAAUAAUAAAUACCCCUGCCGUCA